CGGAGAUAUGGUUCCUCAUACACCCACGGGUAAGAUCGUGGGUGGCGUGUGUUCGCUCUCCGGAGUGUUGGUGAUCGCGCUGCCUGUGCCUGUCAUCGUCUCCAACUUCUCCAGAAUUUAUCAUCAGAACCAGCGAGCGGACAAGAGGAAAGCUCAGAAGAAAGCCCGUCUAGCACGCAUCCGGAUUGCUAAGGCGUCUUCAGGAGCAGCGUUCGUCACCAAGAAGAAGGCGGCGGAGGCGAGACUAGCGGCCCAGGAGAGCGGGCUGGAGAUGGACGAGUUUACUAAGGAGGAAGACAUCUUCGAGAUGCAGCAUCACCACUUGCUUCGUUGCCUUGAGAAGACCACGGACCGCGAGUUCGUGGAGCUGGAUGUUCCGUACAACGGUCAGCCCAACCGGCCGGGCAGCGCCUCCCCACCACAGAGCCGGAGCCCAUCGCUCUCCAGCCACGCUAACUUCACCGUCACCUGCUGCGGCCGAAGGUUUGGGGGAAAAUCAUACCAGCGUAAAGGCGGCACCAGCGCAGAACGCGGAUAUGACGAGGAGCUAAAUGAGAUCCAUGUCCGCGACAAGACGCUACUCAACACCACAACAGACAGAAGUGGGUGGGGGCACCUGAAUCAGCAGAGCCCACUACACCCCAUCCCCAUCACCAACACUAACACCGUUACCAGCACGUCUAGUAGUCCAGGUGCUGCGCCAAGUGUGGUAGCGGUGAGCAAACCCAAUUCCACUACCACAGUCACCACAGCCAUUGUUAAUCUACCUACGCCAUCACCCAAUGGGGACAGUGACUUCCCCACGCCCGCCCUAGGGUCAGCCUCCCCAGCCAAUCAAGGUGUACUAAGAAUAUCGUCUCUCUAAU